CUCAGCACUAAACAGAUGAAAGACACAGAGGAAACGCAAGGUGGUCGCCUCCUCUGCCUGGUGUUAUGGCUCAACCUGAUGCCAGUGAUGAACGGCUGCCCCGCGAAGUGCGUGUGCUACAGCGAGCCGAGGCCAACGGUGGCCUGUCAGCAGCAGGGUCUGUUCUCCAUUCCCACUGAGAUCCCUGUCCGCAGCCAGCGAAUAUUUCUCCAGAGCAACAAACUGACAGUGGUCCGAUCGACCAGCUUUAGUUCUGUGCACAACCUCACGGUCUUGUGGAUGUACUCGAAUAACAUCAGCCAUAUUGAGGCGGGGGCCUUUUACGGGCUGGAGAGACUGGAAGAGUUGGACAUCGGAGACAACAGCAACCUUCGCAUCAUAAGUCCCACCGGGUUCCGCGGUCUGACCAAGCUGCACACCCUUCACCUGCACAGAUGCGGGCUGUCCGAGCUCCCGGUGGGAGUUUUCCGAGGACUCUUCUCGCUCCAGUAUCUGUACCUGCAGGACAAUAACCUCCUGGCCCUGCACGAGGACACGUUCCUGGACCUGGCGAACCUCACCUACCUAUUCUUGCAUAACAACAAGAUCAAGGUGGUGACCGAUCACAUGCUGCGUGGUCUCACCAACCUUGACCGCUUGCUCCUGCACCAGAACCGCAUUGUACACGUGCAGCAGCGGGCUUUCAACGAUCUGGGCAAGCUGACAACCUUGUUUCUCUUUUACAACAACCUCACCAUGCUGACAGGGGAGGCCAUGAACCCUCUGGUGUCUCUCCAGUACCUGCGGCUCAAUGGGAACCAAUGGAUUUGUGACUGUCGAGCCAGGCCGUUGUGGGACUGGUUCAAACGCUUCAAAGGGUCCAGCUCCGAGUUGGAGUGCCACCUUCCCACCUCUCUGACUGGGAAGGACCUGAAGCGACUGAAAAGCGACGAUUUGGAGGGCUGCGUGGACUCUCCGGCGCAGGUUCAAACCAGUAUCUUCAACACCAAGGCGCGCUCCGGAAAGUUCCUCUCCCUUGAAGAUCCCCUUGUCGAAAGCAUUCCCAGGUGCUGUCUUUCGGAUAAUGACAAAUCCUCCAUCAUCUCCAGUAAGUCCCUGCCGGAUCCUUCGUCCUACAACAGCCGGCAGAUCACCAACAAUCCCCUGAAAGAAAAGGAGAACAUCUCCAAGACCAAGUUUCGGGAGGUCGAUCAGACGAAAAACGACACUCGUAAUAAGCAGAGUCUCAACGAUGGUCCUUUGGGAACCAUGUCCAACCACCUCGACCAGACCUUGGACAAAAUCGACCCAGAGCUGCUGGACAAUCUGGAACCUUCAACAGCGCCAUCUAGGAAGAAAAAAAAGUGCUCCAAAAAGCCCAAAUCAGACCAGUAUUGCCUAAAGGGUCAUGGGUCCACCAUUCAAGUAUUGGCUGUUCUCUUUCUCCCCUUGUUCUGGUUGUCUCUGGCUUUGUCCUAGUUCACACUCUCAUCCAUCAGUUUGCUCUUGACAAUGACACAAAAUACCUGCAGUAGCCUGAGUGGACAGACAAAUGACGUUGAAAGGGGGGUUGUGACGUUGCUCCGCAUGGUUGAGAAUAAAGUUGCAAUGCUAACGACGCAUUAAAAGAAAUGGAUGCCUUUACAGAACACAUGAAAUCUAAUGUAUAUAAAACUGGGUGCCCAAAUGUCUGUUCUAUGUACUUUUAAUGUGCUGUGUUUAAGCAACACUGCGAAGAGCUCCCCGUUUCCACAUCACGUCCAAAAAAGCUGACCAGAAAGUGACUAUUGUAGAUGAACCACUUUAAAAAAGAAAAAAAAAGAAUCCUUAAACCAUGACUAAACCAGAUCGCCGAAAGCACCCAGGAAUGUUGCUGAUAUGAAACCGAAGAGGAUUGACAUUUAUUUUUUUGUUCCCAAUAUUUUCUUUCUCUUUUAAAAGUGAUACAUUUGUUUGAUGCUGUUUUUUAUGUUUCUAAGUAUUUCAGUAAAGACAAAUGUUUAAUUCCCCCCCAAAUACAUGCUAUGUUCUGUUUGCGUCAUGACACACUGCAGGUGGCAUCUUGGGAAGGAAUGCUGUCUAUUUGUUCACUGACAUUGCGAUGGAAUUAUAGAUAUGCAUUCUAUUUUACUGGUGUACAAGCAUAAAUAUAUGACGAAUAAAAUAUCUCAUUUUUUACAGA